AUGGAAGUUCCUGCGCCUGCGUCGGAGCUCGCUCAGGCCCCCGCAGCCGAGAAGGCCGUGGUGCUCACCCGGACCGUGAUCGAGCCUGACACGGAGGCACUGCUAGAGGCUCCUCUGCGUAUCGAAAUCGAAGUCCGUGCCUCCAAGGCCAUCACCAACGCCCGAUGGGAGGCCACGUAUUUGGCAGAUUUCGCCAAUGCAAAGCAGACGGGCAAGCGGAAGGAAGGAAGCACGCAGGUCGCGGAGACUGGCGUCACGCUCGUCGAGGGGCAGAGCCACACCUUCUCGUUUGCUGUGGACGACUUUGUGAACGAAUUGUGCGAGGGCAUCAUGGAAGAGACGUUGCUGAAUGUUGGCGUGAUCUACAUCACCCUGUACAGCGGUGUGACCGAGGUCGAACGCUUCCCUUUUGUAACGCAUGUCCGCAGGCGAAGAGUGGAAGGCCGCAAGCUCUGGCGAUACGUGUUCGAUCCCUUGGCGCCCUCUGUUGAAUCGUGA